AUGCAGCCUCUAAGGCACCAGUGGGAGAAAAAGAAAGAUCCACCAGCUCAGGCCCCUUCAGCCAAGCCAUCUCAGCUCACAAUGACCUUGUUCCCCACCAAGUUUGAAAAUGGGAAGAUUGAGUACAAGAUAAGGUACAAGGGGAGAUCAAGGCCAUUCUCUAGAGCCAAGGCCUUGGUGACUUCAGAACAGUCCAGGGACCCAACCAAGCUAAAGGAGCUUCUGUCUCAAGUCCUCACUAUCACCCUUGAUGGUGGGACUAGCUCAACCAAUGCCUAA